AUGUCGAUCUUUCGCAAUAAGUUAAUUUUAGGCGGCAGUGCAAUCGGCACCCUUUUUGGCGGAGUCAUUUUGUUGAAAGACCGUAUGCAGGGUGCUACCUUCGAAAAGAAUAUACGAGCUGAUGGGAAGGUGAUCAUCGUCACCGGUGCAAAUACCGGCAUCGGCAAGGAAACGGCUUAUUACUUAGCUCGUCGCGGUGCACAUGUGUACAUGGCGUGUCGGGAUAUGCAAAAAUGCGAACAAGCUCGAGAGGAGAUUGUGCUGGAUACGAGAAACCCACAUGUUUUCUGUCGCGAGUGUGACCUAUCAUCAAUGCAAUCGAUCCGACAGUUUGUGAAACAAUUCAAAGCGGAACAGCAACGGCUGGACAUUCUCAUCAACAAUGCGGGAGUGAUGCGUUGCCCACGCACGCUCACAAAAGAAGGCAUCGAGCUGCAGCUUGGCGUUAAUCAUAUGGGACAUUUUUUGCUCACUAACUUGCUGCUGGAUACGCUUAAGCUGAGUGCACCCAGUCGUGUUGUGGUCGUGUCCAGCUUGGCCCACACACGUGGACAAAUAGCGCUGGACGAUUUGAACAGCGCCAAGUCGUAUGAUGAAGCAAAGGCUUACGAACAAAGCAAACUCGCGAAUGUGCUGUUCAUGCGCGAGCUGGCCCGUCGUCUCGAAGGUACGGGUGUGACGGUGAACGCACUUCAUCCGGGCAUCGUCGAUACGGAGCUGAUGCGUCAUAUGGGCAUUUUUAAUAGCUGGUUUUCCGGCCUGUUUGUACGACCGUUUGUGUGGCCCUUCUUGAAAUCGCCACUGUACGGCGCACAAACGACACUCUAUGCGGCGCUCGAUCCGGAUCUGGAGAAAAUUAGCGGACAGUACUUUAGCGAAUGUGCACCGAAGGAUGUGGCCGAACAGGCAAAGGACGAUCGUGUUGCGAAGUGGUUGUGGGCAGUGAGCGAGAAGUGGACUGGUACGCUAACGGGAACGGCAGCUGUUUCCUGA